UAGCUUUGGAGCAUCCCGAAGUUGUUGAAAAAAUCGUAAUGAUAGAUCAUCCACCGUUUAGUGAUCCCACAAUCACCUUCUUCAGGGACAAUGUGAAUCCACAGUUUCUUGCACAAAAUCGCUUCCUGAAAUCUUUGGACCCUUCAUUAUCUUUAGUUGAUGCAAAAAGAAAAAUUCUCGAUCUUUCCAAAGGAGCAACCAAAGGUCAAACCCUUUUUCUGGAGAAAGUGGCCCAUGAUUUGACUAAAGAAGGCAACAAAUUCAAAUGGAAAACGGACAUCCAAUUCUUAAUCGACAGAUAUAAAGAAGGAGCUUUUACCGUGCCUCACCGAGGUUCGUCUAAUCACGAUAUACUUAUCAUCAGGUGUAAAGACUCAUUAAGGAUAUCUGACCUGAAAUUUCAAGCAGUCCUCAAACAUAACCCGAAAGCUCGGAUAAUAACUUUUGAUGAUACUACGCACCUUUUAAUGCUUGAAAGACAGAAAGAUUUUGUGGCUGAAGUAAAAAAGUUUCUCUCUGAUGAAAGCGGAUUGUUUUAAAAUCCGCACAAUUAGUGGGUAAAAUUACGGAAAUAUGUUGCUUCGCACCCAAGAAUAAUACGCUAUGCUCAUAUAUCUUUGAGGACAUUCAUAAACAGCAAUGUGUUGGCAAACGCAAUAUCUCAACUAUUCAGGAAUGGAACAUGCAAUAGUAUAAUCGAAAGUUUCAAAUAACUGUCUUUGUUUAUGUACUGAGAAAAUUUAAAUAAAAA